CCUGUUGGAAUUGGACGGAAAGGUGGUCAACCUCAUGGAUGCCAAAGAGCAGAUCAGAAAACUUGCCAGGGAAAAAGAGGACUGCAUCGUAAAAGUGAUUAACUAUCACAACACGACCUUUUAUCUAGGGUCUAAAAAGCUGGAAUGUCCGUGGGCUUGGGACAACAUCCUGUGCUGGCCUGCAGCGCCCCCUGGAACCAUACAGACUCAGAGAUGUCCACACUACAUCCACGGCUUCGACACCAGCGAGAAUGCUACCCGGUACUGCACAGAGAAUGGAACCUGGUUCUUCAACCCACUCACCAACACUUCGUGGACAAAUUAUUCUGGCUGCUUCGUCAACGGCUCUGUUUCAAACAUCAAGGUGUACAGGCCAUACAGGAACAUCACAGGAAUAGCGGGCUAUGCAGACUCUCUCAGGAUGCUGUAUACUGUGGGCUAUGCUGUGUCUCUUGGUUCACUGAUCAUUGCUCUCCUCAUCAUGUGCUGCUGCAGGUACACGCGCCUCAAGUCAAAAAGCAACACCUUGCACAUCAACCUGUUCAUUGCUUUCAUUCUGAGAGCUGCUCUGUCCUUCAUGAAAGAAGUGCUUUUUGUCCAAAACCUUGGCCUGGACAAGAAUGUUCGAGCAGUGAAGGAUGGCCUGCUGGAGUUUAAUGAGCACGAAACGUUCUGGGAAUGUCGGACCUUGAUGGUUCUUUUUGUGUAUUCCAUCUGCGCGAGCCACAUGUGGAUCUUCAUGGAGGGUCUGUACUUGUACAUGCUCAUCUACAGCACCCUGUCUACCGAGCGCCGGGGAGUGAAGAUGUACGUCAUCUCGGGCUGGGCCUCUCCCCUCCUGGUGGUGGUUCCCUGGAUCAUCGUGAAAUCGACUAGUGAUAUAGCCUAUUGCUGGAACAUCUCUGUGAAACCAGAACUAAUGUGGAUCAUUGACGGACCAAUGCUGGCGGCAGUAGUCGUCAACUUUUUCUUUUUCUUGAACAUCCUUCGGGUUCUCAUCUCUAGAGUGCGAGCAACAGACAGGCACAUGGGGAGACAACAGUACAGACAGCUGGCCAAAUUCAUCUUAGUUCUUGUUCCCCUCUUCGGAGUUAUGUACCUUUUGGUUUCAAUUAUCUUCCCCUACAGCUUUUCUUCCCAAUACGUCAUACCACAUCUCUACUUCGAAAUGGCCUACAACUCAUUCCAGGGUUUUAUACUUGCUCUACUGUUCUGCUUCUUAAAUGAGGAGGUUCACGCUGAAGUGCGUCGCAUGUGGAAGCGGAAGAAGAGUUUGCGGAGGGACAGCAUCGCCCUCACCCGCUCCUUUGCUCUCUCCUCCAUCCGUAAGUCCUCCGGCCGCUACCCGUCCUCCACCCUGCCUAGAAAUGGAAGUCCAGGGGACAUCAACCCCCACAGCGAUCUUCGCUUGACGAGAAUGUCGUCGGACAGCAGUUCCGACAACAAAUCCGACGACUGGCUCCUGAGGAUCAAGAUGAGGGCGCAGAAGCUGUUUGGCCGCCCCAGGUCCACCUUGCACUCCGGGUCCAUCGACAUGCAGUACGACUGCGACUGCGUGCCUGACAUAGACCAUGAAAGUGUCCCCUUCAACUCACUGGCUGCAGAGGAGAAGGUGACCGACAAAGAGAUUCGAGAGAUGGACGUGUCCAAAGGCUGACUACAGUCCCAUUCCAAACUAUUUUGUGUUUAAGAUGGAAAGGAGGCUUGAAAAACGCCUGGAAGAGCUACCCAACCCGAAGUCGAAAGAGCUAACAGUAUCUGACGACCAGAGCUUGUUGGACCCUAAUGUCUAAACUUGAUCAUGGAAAACAAUUAGCUGACCUCAAAAGCUCACCUUUCACCUAGAUUUACUAGGAAAGAAUUUCUAAUUUAUUCGAUUUUUUCAAAUCUUACAUCACAGAGAGAAACGAUAGAUAGAUAUAUUACAAAGAUCUUAUUGGAAAGACAGUUUUCUCCAAGUUCUUAAGAAGAUACCGCAUUGUGGAACAUUGCUAUUAAAGGAAUUUCAGGAUUAUCCCUUACAAGCUUGCAAUCCUGUAAAACUAAUUCUUUAAAAAGAAGUAAUCAGGUAUAUAUUUCGCUUUCUUCUAGAAUCUUGAAAAUGGAAGGAGCUGGACAUUGUUGACGAAGGCCAGCGCUGUGCAUCUUUUGCAGGUUUUGCUCAUCACCUUGUUUGCUGAUAGAAACGAGGGUGAUCUGUAGAGGGAGGUGACAGUGUCCUCCAUUACAAAGGACCGACAAAAAGCCUUGUGACUGUAGAAUGUUCGGAAAUAGUAACUUCUAACAGUUAUUUUGCCGAGAACUGCGGUAAUGCGUGGAUUAGAUGUGAACAAAACAGAAGCACAUGGGACCAGUAACGAACAAGUGGGUUAAGGAUUGUUGUAAAACCUUUGACAAUUUAUUUUUCAUUUUCCUGAUCACUCAUGUUGCUGUACAUGUUGGUGUACUUGCCUCCCAUUCUUUUGGAUAUCUCCCUUGAAUAUGUUCCGUCAACAAAUUGGUUUUGAAAACCUUUACCGUUAAUUCUGUAGAAGAUGUCGAUGACUAACACGUAGUUGACAUAGAGGAACAGAAACAAACUCGUCAGUCUGUGGACAUCGACAGAAACAAUGACAAUGACUUUUAAAGGAAACUAAAUAAGGGAUGAAGAGAUGGAGAAAAAGGAAAAGCUCAUGCACAUCGUAUCAGAGCUUUUGAAGUAUAAACCUGCGAUACACCCGAACAGAUGAUCUGGAAAUCUGAAUUUUGACAAAUAGAAAAACUUUUGUUCGUUAAAUGAAGAACGGUAAUUCCGUGAAGCAUGCAACAAAUGUUAUCUCCCUUCCUUCCUCCCACAUUCUUGCUCUUCUUCUUUCUCUUUCUUUGUUUUCUAUCUCUCUAGCAUCCUUUACUUGUUUCCUGAACAUUUUUACAUUUUUUAUUGUGGACCAUAAUAACAAUGAAUAAUAUGCAGGAGUGUACUCGAAAAUGGUAAGUGAAUCAUGAUCGGUCCAAGCUAACCAUGGACAACUAGAAGCUCGUUUCUCUCGAAAACCACUUGAACCCACGGUGUGGCUUCCUUACACAGUAGCUGUUCUUCAUGUCCAUGAGGCAAUCGGCGAUGUGAUACCUGGAUACCUGACUCGCCUGGUGAGGGAGAAGAUGCGAGCACCGCCAGCACAGACAGAAGGCCUCCAGGACCGGAAGGAGGACGUCAGUGACCAAAGGUGUGACCUUACAGCGCCACCUUCACCCGUUUGGUCGCUUCGUGUCCAGUCUGUCAUAAUAGUUCUCUCUAUAAUGUACAAGCUCUCGUGGCAUAAAGAUAUCAUGAACCCUGUGACCUGUGGUGCACACCAAACUAUAACCUGAUUAUAUCAUGGAUUUUGUUGAUGAGCAUAAACGUUAUUCCAAGGCCAAAACACUAGAAUAUCGUGUUUGAACACAGCUAUCAUCUAUCAACAUACCAUAUACAUGUAUAUUCUCACUGUACUGAUCUGACCUGUAUUCAACUUUGCUAUUAAAGAUGACGAUUGGGGGUCAGAUUUAACUGACAUGCUGGCCUCCUGUGUCAGAAAUGCUACACAACUACUUAUUGUAAAUCGUUAAAUGAAAGGUAACUGAAAUGGAAAGUUGUUGAAAUAAUACACAUUAGCUUUCUAAAACAUUUCAGCUCAAAAAUACAUAUUUUCAACGGACCACUUACUUACAAAGCACCUACCUCCAUGUUUCGUACUCUCUCGCUCGAGAACAGGAGCUACUCCUAAUUAAGGACGUGGAAGGUACAACUGAAAGGUACCAAAGGAGUCCAGAAUGUCUGGCAGGCUUAGUUAUUCAUUAACUCGAGUGUAAAGUUGUGCCAUACGAUCCCCAGAUCCACUACAAUCAUCGCUCAGAUGACCACACGGAGAGAACAAAAGUUUCUGCGCGACGAGGACGUCGUUGGACACGAAGACAUGGCGGCCUGUUUGUGCCGCUCCAGAACUUUCUUUUACACGUGAUUGUAAGCAAACGAUUGUUUUGCAGCCCGACGUUUUAAGCAGGAAAGACUCAGAACAUCUGUGUUUUCAUUUAGGUAUAACUUGCCAUUUCAGUUGUUUUUCUUUAAAAAAUCAGAAGACUGAACAGUACUAGAGUCUUCUAUAUUCGCCGGUGUUUGUGUUAGAAAGCCUGAUGGUAAUGUAGACAUCAGUCUUACGUGACGUAUCUAAAUAUAAUAUCUGUUCAAUUUUUCUGCAUAUUCUGCUAGUAAAUUGUUAACCUCUUUGCUGCCAAACGGAUUUCAAGCGGCAAGUAACACGUGACCCGUGUGUUUCUUUAAAAUCUUGCUGGGUUUUGUGGAAUUUUGUGCGAUGCUUUAUUUUAACAAUUAUAUUUUUGUUUGUUUUUUUUUUUGCUGUAGUGUUUCUUCAGAUUUGUCAUUUUAGACAAGAAUAUUUUCUGGAUUGUUGACAACUGGCUUACGUGGGUUGUGGUCAAAUGCAUGAAAGUCAUUACCGUAACAUUUCUACAAGUUGUUUUGUAUUUAUAGAACAGAUUGCUUGAUGCCAGAAAUGCUUGAACAGACGAACGCUUCAUCAGUCUGUUAUUUUAUUACUUGCGCUCUCAAUGAGCUUUGUUGUAAUUCAUUCAUUCAUUUCUUCAUUCAUUUAUUCAGUCAUUUUUUGUUCACACUUGCUCACUUUUCAUAGAAUACUUCAUAAAAAGAAGUUCACUAAAUGGGCGUUAGGUUUAUCGGGUUCAGUAAUAAAAUUACUUGACCGUGGGUCAAAUCUUUUUUUUUUUUUGUAAUUCAAAUCCAAUAUGACCUGUGCACCACUUAUGCUCAUGAAAUAAAAUUUAUCGUUGAUUGCACAUAAAUUGUGUACCUAUUGUUAUUUUGUGAACAAGAACAAUGAUGCUGACCAUUACAGACCUGGCUGUAUAAAUCAUGAAUGUACUUAAGCUUCUUUUUCGGAUUAAUUUUCCAGGUGUGCAAUAUUCUCUUUUGUUGAUUUUCAAUCUGUUUUUGUUUACUUUACAAACGCCGCGAUGUGGUGUUUCUGACAUUUUUACGACAGCUUUAAAUGCAUUUUAUAUACUGAGGUUGUUGCUUUAACUUGAAUACUCAUUUAGUGCAAUGUUACAGGCUUUAAGACAAAAAGCACAAACUGUUAAAGUGCUGUUGAGUUUGCUCAAGGCAGAUGGCUCCAUCAUCUGCUUUAGUUGUGUGGAAGCUUUCUGUUGCCUUGCUGUAACUAAAGUUUAUUGUAUGACGCAUGUCUUGUAUUUGUUCACUGUGAACGUUAUGGAUGUGCCAUGGACCAUAUAUAUAUAUUUACUGGUAGACAAAUAUUCCAUUUUAUUCGCGUUGCCUGUGUACAGAUAUCAGAUAUAGAUGGGCAGGAUGUUCUAGUAAUGUUACAUUCGUGCUCUAUUAUUUACGACGAACAUGGCAAACGAACACCGUAGAGUGAAACAGAAUUUGUCAUGCUUCUAGAUAAUAAAAGGAUGAAUAUAUGAA